CUUCUCACCGUAUGUAGGCUACAGAACAAUUUGCGUGCGGUAAGAAUGGAGGCGCUCUUCCAGUCGACUGUCACUGCUCUACUCGGCUUCAUAGGGGCCACUGUGCUGCUUCUCUAUUGGUACUCAACUUCAACAUUUGAUUACUGGAAAAAGACAGGCGUGAAGUCGCUGAAACCAUUACCACUUUUCGGUAACAUCCAACAUUUCAUCUUACAUAAACGGUCACCGGCCGAGGUUUUCCAAGAAUUAUAUAAUAAGUUUGAAGGUGAAAGAUAUGGAGGUAUUCACCAGGCUCGAACUCCUGUCCUUUUAAUUCGUGAUCCCGAACUUAUAAAGCAUAUACUUGUGAAAGAUUUUUGUUAUUUUCCUGGUAAAGGAAAUCAUCCGGACUUAAAAGGGGACCCACUUUCGUAUCACCUAUUCAAUCUUGAGGGAGAACAGUGGAAAUAUAUCAGAACAAAACUGACACCAGCAUUUACGCCAGGUAAACUGAAAAUCGUGUAUCAACACAUUGAUCAUUAUUCCGAGAAACUUAUAGAACAUCUACAAAAAUAUGCUAAGAAUAACGAGAUUUUAGAUAUGUAUGAUAUCUUGGUAAAUUUCACCAUGGAUGCCACUAGUUCUUGCGCUUUUGGUGUGGAGGCAAAUGCGAUGGAUGAUAAGGAUUCAGAAUUCAAAAAAAUGGGUCGUUCUAUAAUCCACGCCAAUGGUAGUACGUUUAUUGACAUUUUGGAAUCGAUUUCUCCUAACCUGUUAAAAAUAUUCCGAAUACGAACUUUUUCUCGUGACGUCACAUCAUUUUUCAAAAUGGUUAUUAAGAAGAUUAUGGAAUACAGAGACCAAAGCCAUGUAAUAAAGAAGGACGUAAUGAAUUUGUUGAUGCUUGCGAGAAACAAGACAACUGAAGAGGAUAGUAACAAAGAGGAACCUCAAGCCUGCAAACAAAUGAGUAACGAAACGUCAUCCAACAUCAGAGAUGAAGGGUUCGAUGAUGUGGUGUUAACUGCCCAAGCUGCUAUGUUCCUACGGGCGGGCAGUGAGAAAGCCUCCACCAUCAUGAGCUUCUGUCUGAACGAGCUGGCUCUCCAACCGGAAUUGCAGUCCGAACUUCGAGCCGAGAUUGAGGCAGCAAAAGAGGAACACGGUGGUAAACUGACAUACGAAAUAGUGCUAGGCUUGAAGCUACUGGACAGGGUUGUAUCAGAAUCACUUCGGAAAUAUCCACUGGAAGCAAAUAUAUUUCGAGUAUGCGGGAAACCAUACAAAAUUCCCGGUUCGUCAGUACAACUACAAGAAGGUACCAAGGUUCUGAUACCGGUAUAUGCUAUACACCAUGAUCCGAAAUAUUAUCCUGAUCCAGAAAAAUUCGAUCCUAAUCGAUUCACAGACAUUAGUAAGAGCUCAAGGCAACAGUUCACUUACCUCCCUUUCGGCGAAGGACCCCGAAUCUGCAUAGGUUUCAGGUAUGGUAUGCUACAGGUUAAGGUAGGCCUAGCCGCCCUGUUGCUGCACUAUGAAUUUAGAGCAUGCCCGAUGACAAAGGCCCGUCCAGAAUUCAACACUUGUUCUUGGAUCACUUCUCCAGCCAAUGGAAUGUGGCUGAAAAUCCAUUUGAGAAAAUGAAAAUCAUCAAGAGCAACAAAAGCCUAUCUUGCAGCUGAGAAAACAAGCUUCAUAAAUAAGCUAUUUGCAUGCAGUACUCAAUUUUUGAAACUAGAUUUGUAAUAAUUAAUUUUUAUUUAGCUUCAUCGGUUGGCGUUGUCUACGGGCUGGAGGACUAGGACAGGUUGCCAGCAGAGACAGAAAUUUCUCACUUCACUAUCAUGUCUGGACGCAGACUUGCACCAAAUUGAGCCAAGCCUCUUUUCCUGAGCGCAAAGUGGCCUGAGUGUGGUGCUGGUUCUUUAUCUCCUUCUAAUUCCAAGGUUAGGAAUGUGUGGGGCCUUAUUUCCACUCUCUCUCUUAUAUACUAAUGGUGCAAGGAGCAUAAUUAUAAGGCCAACUUUUCCUUUACCUUUAUGAGUCUGGAUAAUAUUAAUUUAUUGCCAUUAUAUAGACUGUCAUAUUUUGUAUUUUUUCUUUAAUUAUCUUU